ACUCAGUCGCCCCGUAACUCUUACCCGGAGUGCAAGCGUCGCUCCGAUUGAUUCGGCCUAUAUAUACCUAUAAUAUACCAUUAUUGUUACAUCAUCGAAAAUAAUAUUCCAAUCCAGUGCAUUGAUGGGUUCAUCUUUUUGAGUUCUUCUUCUAUAGCAACUUGAAUCAAUUCAAGUUUUAAAAGGGGUGCGGCAAUUGCCAGGAGAGAGGGACUUCCUGGUGACGGCGACGAUGAUGAGUGCCGUCGGUGGUGAUGAACGAUUGACCGAAUAUUAUGAGCCGAUUUUCCUGUUGUUGCUUGGCAACAACAAUUCGCGCAACGACAGUCUCAGCAACAGCGGCAGCGGCGGUGGAGGCAAUAACAACAACACGACGGAAGAAGAUUACGACUACGACAUCGACUCGUCGUUCGACAAUUACGACUGGGCCGAAUUGAUUCCCGCCGUCGUCGUCUACUCAUUCGUCCUCCUCUUUGGCAUCUCGGGAAACGGGCUGAUCAUAUUUACCAUCGCCCGAUAUCGAAGACUCAAAACCAUCACCAACAUCUUCUUGGCCAGCCUAGCCUCGGCCGACCUGCUACUCGUCAUUAUCUGCGUUCCUGUUAAUGUAGCCAAACUCUUUUCUUUCGCUUGGACGUUCGGCGUUUUCCUCUGCAAGUUCGUUCACUACAUGCAAAACGUGUCGGCCAUCUGCUCCGUCCUGACUCUCACAGCCAUGAGCAUCGAACGGUAUUAUGCCAUCGUUCACCCCAUGCGUGCCCAGUACCUGUGUACCCUGAGCCAGGCACGGAAAGUCAUCACGGCUACGUGGAUCACCAGUUUCACCCUGGCCACGCCAACGCUCUGGAUUCAAGUCCAUUUGCCGGUGGGAGUGCGUAAGCCGGCUUUCUGGUGCGUCCGUGACUGGGACAGUCCAAUCAGCUGGCAGAUCUACGAGCUUUACAUGUUCGUCCUCGUUCUGGUCCUGCCCUUGUCCAUCAUGGCCGGCACUUACGGAGCCAUCGGCCGCGAAGUCUGGCGCGUCACUUACCUCCGUUCGUCCAUGACCAAUGACCCGAAUACCGAAGUAGUUCCAGCGGCGAUGCUGACGGGAAAUGUGGCCACCGCCACGGCCAUCAGCACGACAACGACGGCCAUCAGCAGCGGCGAAGUUCCGGCCGAUCUGCCCGACGUCGUUGGCCCAGAAGCCUGUCAAAUGUUAAACGAAGUCGUUAACAAGAGAGAAGCGAGUAGUGCCAGGGGAUUGCCAACGACCCGGCGGACGGCGGGAGUCGGCGGGCAGCAGAAUAAAGAGGCAGCAACAGCCGUAGCAGCCGUAGCAGCAGCAGGAGCUGGCGGUAAGAACAAUUCCGUCAAAAUAAGCAACACCAUCCUCAUCAGGAGAAAUAAGCGACGCAGCAGUAGCAAUCAUGCUAAUAGUAGCCGAUCCCCUCCGGCCUCGCAACGUGCUCAAGCCGAUCACAAGACGGCCCGUCAAGUUGUCAAAAUGCUGGUGGCCGUCGUCAUCUUGUUCGCCGUCUGCUGGUCGCCGUACCUCAUUGACAACGUCCUCACCAGUUUCGCUUUCCUGCCCACCACCAGAACCGGACCGAUGAAACACAUGAAAAUGGCAUUCCACUUGCUGUCGUACAUCAACAGCUGCUGCAACCCACUCGUCUACGGGUUCAUGUCUAAGAAUUUCCGGCGAGGAUUCAAGGCGGCCCUGAGGCUGCGAUCCAAAAGCUGCAUCCCGUACUUUUGCUACUGCUGCACCAGUUGCUGCUGCUGUCAUCGCAAUCCGAGGUGUUUUAUUUGUGCUGACGAUGAUGGGCGUGUGCAUCAGGAACGUCAGGCAGCGCUCCGUCUACAAGUUUUCACACGUUUCCAACAAUUCACGCCUCACCACCCAAAUCCGACUGCAAGAUCCCGGGUACGUCCGGAGUAGCACGGUGGGUCAUUCAUCAAUAGAGGCCACCUCGGCUAUCUGAGCCUUCAGAUGUCGUCAUCAUUAGCUCAUAUAUACUGCUAUAUGUCCGGCGAACUUAUCCAUCCAUUGUCGCCCAUCAGGAGCCUCGUUCUUCUAAAAAAUUGCUUCUUUCGUUUCCGUUUGACGCAAACGUCGGCUGCUAUAUAACUGCCCUACUUUAUUAAAAUAUUUCGACAGAUUUGGGUUGUUUUCCAACUGAAAACUCGUUUCGAGCGACAGCUGUUGAAUCCAUUUUUAUGCAUAUAUUUUUUUCCCCUUUUCUCCUUUCUUGUCCGUUACGUCGAAUCAAAUUUCUCUUUUUUACGA